AUGCAGGCAGUGACUUGGGGUGGAAAUCCUCUUCAAGUUAACUUGUCAACCCUGCCGAUACCGGAAAUCCUUGACUCAACGGAUGCCAUUGUUAAAGUCAGUUUGUCAGCUAUUUGCAGCGCUGAUAUUCACACCUACAAUGGGGCUUACGAGGAUAAAGAAGUGCCAUGGGUCAUGGGACAUGAAGCACUCGGGAUCAUUGUUGAAGUUGGCAAUUCAGUGACUUCCUUCUCAAUCGGGGAUAAAGUUGUGGUUCCGGAUCAAGGAUUGAAUGGAGAUCAGGAUGAAGAUCUAUCUACCGCCGAGUUACUGGGACUAGGACUUGGCUCAGGCUUUUACUCAACGACUGGUUGCCAGGCGGAGUACGUCCGGGUUCCAUUCGCAAACGACAAUCUCUUCCCCAUCCCCUCACAAGUCGAUAAUGGCUCUUCAAAAUCACUUGUCGAGAACAUUGACAUCGAUUACCUUCUCGCAUCAAGUAUCUUCGCUACAGGGUGGGGAGCCCUCGAUCUAGCCGGAUAUCAGCCAGGGGAUUCAGUCGCGAUAUUUGGAGCGGGCCCUAUAGGACUUAUGGCCGUCUAUUCGGCCAUACUUCGCGGUGCUACUCGCAUAUUUUUCGUCGACGGCGAUCUUCAGCGUCUAUCAAUCGCCGAGGGACUCGGUGCCAUGCCAAUAGACCUAAGAUACUCGGAUCCGACUGCGAAGAUACUUCGCCAGGAACCAGAUGGUGUUCUCCGGAGUGUUGAUUGUGUUGGGAUUGAAGCGGCGAACAAGCUUCAAUUGAGGGAAGAUAAGGUUUUGCAGAAUAUGACGGCCAUCACAAAGGUUGACGGUGGUAUUGGUCGAUUGGGGAAGUUUCAAGCCAACUCGUCGAGUACAUCGCCGUGGCAAUUCCUUCUGCCAACCUUCCAGGUUGCUAUGUCUGGUCUCUUCAAAAAGGGUCCUCGGGUCAGAUCAGGUGCUAUUGACUCGGCCUUUAUUGCGCCCCAACUUAUCGAGAUGAUAUCAAAAGGCAAGGCUAAGCCUAGCUUUAUUGUGAGCAGUAUCAUCGGUUUGAAUCAGGCUCCGCAGUUUUACGAGAGGGCCAGUCAGCAUUUGGAGACCAAGGUUGUGAUCAAAUUUCCUUCCCUGUAA